UUGUCACGAGUGGGGAUCAGGGAGGAAGUGCUUUUUGCAUAAAAGAACUUCCCAGCAGGUUGAUUGGUACACUAAGACUGAGUCUGUCUUAUCUUAUAGUUCAAAUUGUUCAUUCAAAUCUUUAAUCCAUCGACAGCAUGGCCUGCACCAAGAUCCUCUCACUGCUAUUGAUCGCCGUGAUGAUCAGCGUCGCUACUGCGCGCCCUGGUGGAUUCUAUGGUGGAUACGGUGGAUUUGGAUAUGGAUAUGGGUUAGGUUACCACUAUCCUUACUAUGGCGGAUACUACCGUUAUCCUUUCUAUGGCCAUUACUCCGGGGGUUAUCCUUACUACGGUCACGGCUACGGAGGCUACUACCUUUAGGCGGCUUGCCCAACCUAGGACUACUCGGACUGCUCGGCUGAUAUAGUUUAUUCCCAAAACUUCUUUUUUACUGUUUGUUGUUUGAUAAAAUGCUUUAAUAAACGCAGUGUUAAAAAAAAA